AUGCAGAUUCCGUGGCGGCAGAUCUCGAGGCAGCAGCUCGACAGCAUCUGCGGCACUCUGCUGGAUCGCGAGUCCGACACCCCUAUCCACACCAUCGACCUCAUGGAUAACCAACUGGGGCCUACGGGGGCGGUGAAGAUUGCCUCCUGCCUCGAAUCCUCACCGGUGACGGAGGUGUUUAUCUGCUACAACGACAUCGGCAAGGAGGGGUGCGACGGGCUGGCUGGGGUGGUGAACCUGUCACACAGCUUGCAGGUUCUCGAUAUCCGGGGUAAUCAGCUAUCCGCGAGCGACGUGCAUCGCCUGCUGCGCUCCGUCUCCAUGUCCACGGCGCUCAAGCGGCUUGGAUUGGCAUCGAACAGGCUAGGCCCUGAGGGGGCGGCGCUCACCGCGAAAGCUCUGGAGCGCAACACGUACCUGUCGUCGCUGGACCUCUCCGUAAACGAGCUAGGCCCGAGUGGCGCGGAGUGGCUUGCCGGCAUCCUACGCAAUUCUGUACUGGCACUGCGGGUUCUGCAGCUGCAUGGCAACUAUCUUGGUCCAACUGGCGUGAUGGCCAUCUGUGAUGCCGUGAAGACGAACAAGGAGCUCAGGCGGUUGACACUGGGGAACAACCACGCCACGGACGAGGCCGCCGGCGCCGUUGCUGCGAUGCUCGAGGCCAAUGACACCCUCGAGGAACUCGACAUUUGCCUGAACACGCUCACGGCAAACGGUGUAAGGACGAUUGCGCGGCAGGGUCUUGCCAAGAACACUUCCCUCGCUGUGCUGUCGCUCUCCGGAAACGAGGUUGGCCCGGUAGGAGCGAACGAGCUGACGCAGGUUCUCACCUCCCACCAGCGCAGCGUUCUGAAGCAGUUGGACUUGAGCUCAUGUGGGCUGACCGCUAGCGGCGGCGCGCGCGUUGCUAGCUUGCUCAGCACGUCCAUGUCCCUUAAGGAAAUCAACCUUAGCGACAACGCCCUCGACGACGAGGCCGCGGUGCGCCUCGCACAGAACAUCACGGAUGGCAUCACAAUUUCCGUCGUCGAUGUCUCCUGCAACAAGAUCGGCGAGGAGGGUGCCUCGCAGCUCAUCGAUGCAGCGGUGCGGAAUGCGCAGCUUGUGGCACUGGUGACGAACGGCAACAACAUCUCACGCGUUGCCCAGAAGAGGCUGGACAACUUGCUGGAGGAGCGACUGGCCAAUAACCGCGUAGCAGGUCCGCAGACGGCGCUCUACCAACAACAACAACGUCCCUAUCAGCAGCACACUGCCUUGUCUGCCGCUGCACCGACGGCCGCCGCAUGA